GGACCGCCGACUAGAUCUGUUCUCACAGGAGCUUACCCAGGAGACUGGGUAAGAAAAGAAGCCCAAGGGCCAGGGCACGAGGAGUAGUAAAUCUGGCAGCAAUCAAGGGAGAAGGGAGCAGCAGUUAUGGCCCUGGGGAAGGGAAAAAACACAGGAUCUGGGAGGAGAUGGAACAAAACUGAAGCAUGACAACAGAGAGUCCGACUGGGUUAGUUCCAAGGGAGUCUGCCAUGAUUGGACUGGGAGACAAAAGAUAUAUUACUUCUUCUCUUUCAGGAAAAUGGCUCCAAACCUGUACAACUCUCGACUGUGCCUCCUUCUGCGGUUGGGGUUCUUGGGAAUGAUGAGCACAUGCCAUGCCCAAUCUCAUUUAACUAGGGCUCAGUGGUUCAAUACCCAGCAUGUACGACACACCCAGGUCCAGUGCAAAAAUAAAAUGCAAAGAAGUAACCAAUACAAGAAUUGCAAAGGCAGAAAUGUGUUCCUCCAAACAACCUUUGCUGCGGUAGCUAAUGUUUGUCACAGUCCAAAUGUCCACUGUAGGAAUGGCCGCUGGAGCUGUCAUAAUAGUACAGCACAGGUGCCUUUAACCUACCGUCACCUCACAAGAGGAAGGUAUCCAAGCUGCAGGUAUAGCCGAAGACUCAGAAAGAUGUUCUACACUAUUGCCUGUGACCAACGAUCUCCACAGGACUCACCUCAAUUUUAAAUGGUUCCAGUUUGCUUAGACAGAAUCUACUAAAUGCCUGUAUGAACUCUC